AAAGUGUGGGCGUUCCGCCGCGCUGUUGUUGAUUCGUUGUUACUUUAUCUCGGCACUGAACUGAAAGUGACGACACGAAACUCCAAGCUGUAGAGAUCAGGAUGUGUUUUGUCACCUACAGGCAAGUAUCCAGUGGAAGGGCGAACUGAGCCAGCGAGCAGAGUGCAAGGGGGAAGUUGCUGUCACCACAGUUGGACUCGGUUGCAGUUUGCAGGGAGCGCUCGGUGCCCGACAAGCUGAACAAUGGUAGACCCUUCCAAGUAUGUUGCAAUGGACUGCGAGAUGGUGGGACUUGGACCCAGCGGCCUUGAAAGUGGUCUGGCCCGCUGUAGCAUCGUGGACUACAGCGGCAAAGUGAUCUACGACAAAUUUGUCAAACCCGUCGGGACCAUAACCGAUUACAGGACAGACGUGAGUGGGAUUCGUCCGUUAGAUAUGGACACAGCCUUGCCUUAUCUCAUCGCCAGAGAAGAGAUUUUGAAGAUUUUAGAAGGGAAAAUUAUUGUGGGCCACGAUCCAAGAUCCGAUUUCCGCGUCCUGAGAACGGACAUCACAGGCUACAACAUACGGGACACCUCCUCGUGCAAGUUGCUGAUCACAAAGGCAAUGCUGAAAACUGACAGGCGGGCCUCAUUGAAGAUCCUCUGCCAGAAAUUGCUGGGGAAAAGAAUACAGAACAGCCUCCGAGGUCACUCCUCCGUGGAAGAUGCAAGCUCAGCGAUGGAACUUUUUAAACUUGUGGACAACCUGUGGGAGGUUCAACUCACCAAGGGGACCAAGGUGGAGAUAGUAAACCGAUUUGAAAAAUACGACAGAUAUUAAUGAAUAAAACGACCUACCAGAUUAGAAAACUCUGAUUUUCAUAUGCCGCGUAAACAAGGAAUAUCUGCUGUUAAGCCAUGAUCUCAAAAUGCCUUGCAUUAUUUUAUUCUCUCCACACAACACCAUAGAUUUCUUGUUCUUUCCUAUGUUGCUUCCAUAGAUUUUGCUCCUUGGAACCUUGGCCUGUCUCACCCCAAGUGGGCCUGCUGAAAAUGCCAGGAAUCGCCAUUGUUUCACCUCUUCAUUGCGCCUGCUUGCAGGGUAAAAGAAUCACACUUGAUAGUUUAUCCUUCUCCUCCAACUCUUAUCAGCUCAGGGAUUUGGUGCCAUUUGUAGAUUUGGUGCCACUGAACAUUCUCCUGGGUGCCUAGAUAACUGAACCUUGAUCUCAGCCUUCGGGAGUUAUCUGACCCCAUAGACUGUCCGGUCGGGCCACCACACAACUGUACACCUGCAGUACAUUUAUUCAUUGAGUUAUGGUUUUAAUGUACCUGUUGAUCAGAUUACAAGAGCUCUUGAUA